ACCAGCACAAUCUGAGUGAAAGAGAGAGAGAGAGAGAAAGAGAGAGCAUAAGAGACAGAUAAAGAUAGAAACCGACAAAAAAAAGAAAGAAAGAUGGAGGAUGAGGAAUCCUGUUUAAUAGCCUGGAGUAAAAAACGUACAGAACAAAGGAGAAGUGCAGAAGCUGCAACUCGGGACAGCAUCACUACAAUGGCCUCUGCAGGAAUCUGCUCACCAGACCCUUUAGUAGUGUCUUCAUUGUUGGCGCCCGGGAGAACAGCAUCUGACCAGACUCCGCUGCCCGAGGCCUUGGAUACACAGGACACUAUGAAACAGUUUUUGUCAGAUCGGAUCUUGAAGGCGGCGCGGGUGGUGUUCAGUGCACUGAUGGAAAGAAAUCCAGGCCUGAUCAGAGACAGGAAGCACCACCUCAAAACCUACAGACAGUGCUGCAGUGGGAAGGAACUGGUGGAUUGGCUGAUUAAACUGAAUGACUGUUUCCAGUCACGGAGUCAGGCAGCCGGCAUGUGGCAGGUUUUAGUGGACGAAGGCAUUCUUGUUCACAUGAAACAAGAACUGAACUUCCAUGACAAAGACACACAGUUUUACCGCUUCAUGGAAACAGAGUUUGACCUAAAUCCCUCGACCAAUGAGAAGGACUCAAAAGAAGAUGAGCUUCAGGAGGGUCUGGCGCUGUUAGUACAGAUGGGUCCUGAUGCUCUUCUGAACAUGAUACUCCGCAAAUGUCCAAGCCAGAGAUCAUCUGAGGAUGUGGAGGUCAUCUAUGAGGAGCUGCUGCACGUCAAGGCUGUGGGCCACCUAUCCACCUCCGUACGGAAGGAGCUGGCUGCAGUGCUGGUGUUCGAGUCGCAUGCCAAGGCGGGAACAGUGUUGUUCAGCCAGGGGGACAAAGGCACGUCCUGGUACAUCAUCUGGAAGGGCUCUGUUAAUGUCAUCACACACGGCAAGGGCUUGGUGACCACCUUGCAUGAAGGAGAUGAUUUUGGCCAGCUUGCUUUGGUGAACGAUGCUCCUCGUGCUGCCACAAUCAUCCUGAGAGAGGACAACUGUCACUUCCUCCGAGUGGACAAGCAAGACUUCAUUAGAAUACUGAAGGAUGUGGAGGCUAAUACAGUGCGUUUGGAGGAGCAUGGGAAGGUGGUGCUGGUACUGGAGAAAAGCUCAGGGCAGGAGUCGCCCCAUCAGGGCGGAUCAGGAAGCGGCAGCAAAUACACAGUGAUGUCAGGAACACCAGAGAAAAUUCUGGAACAUCUCCUGGAGACCAUCAAGCUGGAUACUAAUGGCAGUGAGCCAAUAGAUCCCUGUGUUAGUGACUUCCUUCUCACACAGCAAGUCUUCAUGCCGUCUGCGCAGCUCUGCCCUGCACUGCAGCACCAUUACCACGCUGAGCCCUCAGAAGGCUCGGAGCUGGAAAAGGCUGCCUACGCUCUCAAUACCAAGCAGAAGAUUGUGAAACUGGUGGGCCAGUGGGUGGCGCUCUAUGGGCCACUGCUUAAGGAGGACCCUGUGGCCUGUCAGUUCCUGGAGAAACUGAGGGAGGAGGUGAUGGCUGAUUUGAGACUCUCCAGCAUGCUCAAAGAACAGCUGAGAGACAGGAGGAAAAACAGAGUGCUGGAGAAUGGAUGCCAAACACUGACGAAGAUUAUUGUCCAUGUCUUGCAGCUGAAUCAGAAAUUCGACUGGUUCGCUGCUUACGAGGAGCCCCUUGGGAAGUGUGAACCAAUCAGAGCUCAGGAUAAAGUGUUAUAUGAGAUUUUCAAACCAGACCACAACACUGUGACGCUGAUGCUGCCUGUAAACUCCUCAGUGAAGGACAUUUUAUCUGCUGUGGCGGAGCCUGGAGAUCACGUACUGGUCAAAAUGAACUCCACAGGAGACAGGGUUCAGCUGAAGCUGGAAGCGACAGCCGUCUCCACGUCUCUGGGGCUGAACGAGCGACUCUUCCUCUGCACCGCCUCUCAAGUGGAGCAACUGGAACCUCUGAAGGAACAGCUCGGUCCAGAGCAGAGCACCAUAGACACACUGGAACAGAUGUGCUCCAAGGAUAUCGCCAGCCAGCUGACCAACUAUGACUGGGAACUCUUCACAGCCAUGCAUGAAGUGGAGCUGGUCUACUACGUUUUUGGCCGGAACAAGUUUGCGGGCGUCACCACGGCUAACCUGGAGCGUUUCGUGCGGCGCUUUAAUGAGGUGCAGUACUGGGUGGUGACUGAGCUGUGCUUGUGUGAAGACCUGAUGAAAAGAGCUCUGAUGCUCAAGAAGCUCAUCAAGAUCGCUACUGUGUUAAAGGAGCAGAAAAACCUCAACUCGUUCUUCGCUGUGAUGUUCGGUCUGAGUAACAGCGCAGUGCAUAGACUCUAUAAGACGUGGGAUAGAAUACCAAGCAAAACCAAGAGGAUCUACUGUGCUUAUGAAAGAUUACUGGAUCCGUCCCGCAAUCACAGAGCUUACAGACUAGCCGUGGCAAAACUCAACCCGCCGUAUAUCCCCUUCAUGCCUCUACUGCUGAAAGACAUGACAUUUAUCCAUGAAGGAAACAAGAAUUACACUGAUAGUUUGGUUAACUUUGAGAAAAUGCGUAUGAUCGCCAAGACAGUGAAGAUAGUUCGAGGAUGUAGGAGCCAACCCUACGUGCCCUCAUCUCCACAAAAAGGCCUAACAGAGCGGAUGUUCCUGGAGGCUCCUGCUAUACGAAUAUCCACAUAUUCUGACCCGUCCCUGACCUUACGCAGCGUCGCCAACAUUCGCCACUACAUCCAGAACCUCAAAGUCAUCGACAACCAGAAGAAACUGACCCAGCUCUCCAGAGCCAUCGAGCACUGAAGGAUCAGGCUCAGUCCUGCCUGUCCUUUACCAGUUCAGCUCUGCUCCAUAUUGGAGGCGGACCCUGACCCAGUGUUAUUACUCCUGACAAAUCCAUGAUGACCCUACUGAUGUAAGGUUGAUGACUGGAAGAUACUGACCAUAUUAUUGCUCACUGUAGAGGUGAGGGAAACUGAUCAUGAAUUAAGCUCUAAAGAUUAUUAAUGCUGACCUACCAGUGUCCAGGUUUUCUUUUUUAGACAGCUAUACUUGUUAGCGGUGUAACGAUGCUCUCUGCUCACGAUUAAAUUCACGAUAUUUGGAACAAAUUGACAAUAAAACAUAUUUCUUAAUUGUAAAAAAAAACAAUGCAAAAUGCACUUUGUAAUAAUGUUCCCUAAAUAAGUAAAAAAAAUACUAUUUAUUAUUUUAAUCAUUUGUUUUUUUUAAGCAAUCUAGAGGGAAAACAUAAUUGUAUAAGCUAAACAGUGAUGGGCAAAAUGAUGUGUAUCCUUACUCGAAAUGGGACUAUAUAUCAAUAUUAUUACAUAGCAAUAUAUUGUAUUGAUACGUGGUGUCAGAUAUUAUAUUAUAUAUUUUUAUUGAAACAUAGAGGCUCUAAACUCUCCACAUUACUCCACAUGGUGGCGCUAUAAUUAAACAAAAAAGGUAAACCUGUGGUAAAGAAUAUUGGUAGUUAAAUUCUGUGAAACUGACACCAAUAAAUCAGUUAUAGAUCAAGUAUUUGCUUAUUUAGUAUUUUAUCCUCUUCAGUAACAAAGAUGUUGCGAAGUAUCGUAUAGAAUUGUAUUGUGAUAUUGAUAUUGAGUAUCAGAGAAUCACAGAAUAACACCAUAUUAUCAAAAUCGUGGGCAUCGUAUCGUGAUAAUAUCUUAUCGUGAGAUGCCCUGUGAUUCCCAAACCUAAACUCUACUGAAGUAUUUACAUUUUUUGGUGACUUUUGGAAUUGUAUUGACUUCAUUUUAAAUUCAAAUACUUCACUAUACUACCGCUACACUUACAGAGCUAAUUUUAUCUCUCCAGGUUUAGUUUUAAAGGAGAACUUUGGUGUAAAAUGUACUUUAGUUGUAGUAAAACAUGAUAAAAAGUACUUAACUUUGAUGAAUAGCACACCUCUGCUCUCCUACAGCACUCUGAGAUCCAGUAAUUUUGUGCUUUUUGCCUAGCACGCUGUACAAUGGCCUUAUUGGGGCAUAUUUUGCCCCUGCAGAUAAAUCGCUUUUUACACCGUUAUCCAGGUUCAAAGUAGCUUCACACCUCCUUGCUAGAAUCCAGAGAGCCCUGAUAUUAAAAAUCGGGACAUUAAUAACUUAAAAAAAAAAAAAAAGUGCACAAGAAGCUUAUUAAAAACACUGUAUAAAUCCUUUAAUGCGAGCUUUUAGCUCCGAGCGCCGCCAUUACUGUACUGAUAAUAACAUAGACAUAUAUAUAUAUAUAUAUAUAUAUACAUAGACUGACUCCGCAUAGCCUGCCUCCUGCCACAUAUAAUAAUCACAACUCAUGAUUAUUAUACAAUUUUUACGUAAUUUACACUCGGUUUGGUUUGUUACAAACCAAAGCAGAGAUGUAGUAAUGAUUCAGGAUGCUGUCACACAUUAAAAAAAACUUGCUUUGAGCUACUUUGAUUCUGGUAAAACAGUGUAAAAAGCACAAAAUUACUGGAUCUGGAUCUCAGAAAGAUGUAGGCGAGUGGAGGUGUGCUAUUCAACAAAGGUAAGUAUUUUUUUAUCAUGUUUUACUACAACAAAAGUCCAUUUUACAGCAGAGUUCUCUUUUAACCAGUGUUAAAGGCACGUUACUUUGAAAAAGUAAUUAGUUAUAGUUACUAUUUACUUCUCCAAAAAAGUAACUGAGUUACUAACUGAGUUACUUCACUAUAAAAGUAACUAGUUACCAGUAAAAGUAACUAUUGCGUUACUUUUGUGUUAGUCGCCAUCUCUCGCUAUGCGCUCUAAACACCCACCCACCUAUUUUUCUCUGAUUGGCUGAAGAUGUAAUCUUACUAUAACUUAGCCAAUCAUUGCUUAGGCAGUUAUCUCAUCCUCCCCUUCCCUGUGACUCACACACACAAUGCACACACACACACACACUUGCGCCUUUGUCUGUAUGUGCGAAAUUAAAAUAAAAAUGUUUAUUGAGUGGCUAAAGUAACAUGCAGUAACGGGGUGUUGGAAAUGGUAACAGCGUUAUAGUUACAGUCAAAGUAAUUAGUUAGAUUACUCGUUACUGAAACAACGCUGUCAUUCCCAUCACUGCCUUUAACUCUCAUAAACCAAGAAAAAUCAAGACAGUUCCUUCAGUCGCAGCUCGAAAACCAGCCAUCCAGUCCUCAUAAUCCAAAAGGAAUGAGUACGAUUUUUGAAUUUAAGCUCUGGAGGUUUAGAAACAACAGAUGCUCCAGUUGUGUCCCAAUUUUGUACCUGAAUUUGAGCUAGUAACUCCAUUACAGACUACUCAGAACUACAGUCAAACACACCCCUUUAGGAGGCAGCAGUGAAAAAUGAUGGAAAGCAAACUCUGGCUGCUGGUUGGCUUAAAAAAAUGAUUGAUAUUUAAAAAAAUAUAUAGAGUCUGAAAUGAUUGCUAUAUCCUUUAUAUAUAGCCCUUUGCUUACGCCCACUGGCUCUCCAGGCUGCACUGGCACGAUGCAUCGUUACACCCCUAGUUCUCGUAUGUAUGUAGCUGUUUUCUGUUAAUCAGACUGUUUGUACCAGUGGCAUUAUCUCUCUCUCUCUCAUAAAGAACCUGUAAAAUACUGACAGUUCACUUCAUCGCCAAUUUCCAAAAGAGGCCAAUAAAUAAACUUUUUGUACAGAUUUGUAACUCAUGCUGUAGAUAAGCCCAGAUGUUUUGUAGAUCACUAUAAACUUGUAUCAAAUGUAUUUCAUAUCAAAUUGUAUAAGUUUAUUUUUGCUAAAUAAAUUAUUGAGAUACUGUU